UUUGCAGACAACAGUAGUAAUGAAAUUAGAACCAACGCUACGAGAAUGGGAAACGGAUGCCGUUCGCUCUGUGCGUGACAGUUUCCAGCUUACUGAGACCCAGGAAGAUGAUGAGGAGGGUAAUGAGAUUGAUCAUGAGGAGGGUGACGAGUCAGAUGAUAGCGAUGAGAAAGGCGUGGAGGGAGAGGGACCGAGGGGUGGUGUACUGAAUGUUGUUCUUAUGGAGGAAUUUAUUAUUGAGAGGGAAGAGUUGAAGAAGGAGAGUGAGGAAUUGAAAAAUGAGAGGGACGAAUUGAGAAAAGAGAGGGCAGAGAUGAGAAGGAAAGAAGCACUGUUUGAUAACUGGGAAACGUUACUGAGGAGGGAGAAGGAGUUGUUCUUUGUGGACAAGGAAUGGUUCUUCAAGGACAAAGAAAAGUUAGCGAAUGAGAUGGAGGAGUUUAAUAAGGAGAAGGAACAUAGUCGUACAUAGAGGGGACGUAAUGUGAUGGAGGAGAAGGGUGAGGAGUUGAGGAAGAGCGUGGAAGUAAAUGAUAUUGAAGAUAAAGAACUUGGACUUGUGGAUCUUGAUGUGCAAUCGUCUAGUAAGGUCAAAGGUAAUGUAUGGAAUGAAUCCACUUCUCAUGCUGUUUAUGAAAGGAGAGCCAAAAGGAUACCAAAGCCGUCAUAUUACAAGAUUUCUCCAUACUUGUCCUUGUCUACAUUCGAUACAACCCCUGGGGCGGACAAGGAAUCGUUCUUCAAGGACAAUGAAAAGUUAGCGAAUGAGAGGGAUGAGUUUAAUAAGGAGAAGGAAGGUAGUCCUAAACAGAGGGGGCAUUUUGUGAUGGAGGAAGGUGAGGAGUUGAGGAAUAGAGUGGAAGUAAAUGAUACUGAAUAUAAAGAACUUGAACAUGCAUCCACUUCUCCUCCCGUUUAUGAAAGGAGAACCAAAAGGAUACCGAAGCCGUCAUAUUAUAAGGUUUCUCCAUACUUGUCCCUGUCUGCAUUCGAUACAACCCCUGGGGCGGUUCGUGAACCCGAGCAAGUAACAACUUUUGUUACUUCUCCGAUACCAUUUCCUGUACAGAUGGAUCCUUUCAGGAUACUAUCCGUACAGGAGGUGAAAGAGGCAGAGGACUGGUAUGAAGCAAACAAGGACAUGUCAGAGGGAAAAUGGUUCGGAACGAUAUGGAUGAAGGAUGCCUGAGUUGAUAGCGAGGUAAGCAUUACUAAUUUAUUCUCUGUAUGCAUCGAUUGCCAUGUAAUUAAUUGUUAUAGGAAUCUAUGACGAAAUCGUACUAUCCUAUUGAUUAGGCUAUCGACACGUACAUCGACUUCCUUGAGAAAAGGCAUAACGCCCUCUCAAUAACAUAUCCUCAUAAUUGCAAGUUCUAUCCUACG